AUGUCGUACGGGAAGGAGAACACGCGCUACGCCAGGCCAGGUGAUGACGGUGGCCGUGACUUGCAGGCGCAGUCGUUCCGGGCUCAUGAGCACACGGACACUUACAAGGCGGCGAUUGAGCGGCAGAUCAAGAUUGCGAAGGGCAUCACCAACGGACAGCAAGUGAUUUCAAACUUCAUCAACUCGGACAUCGAGGGGAGGCGCGAUUCGACUCAUGCGGUCGUCGCGCGCCCUGUCCCGUCAUCGCGCCGCCCUCCCCCUGCCCCGCCUCGUCGCGCGCCCUACCCACCACCGCGUCGCGCGCCCUGCCCGUGGUCGACGGGUGCGGCCUCCCCGCUGUCGACGCGCGCGGCCUCCUUGCCGUCGACGCGCGCGGCCUCUCUGCCGUCGACGCACGCGCGCGUUUUGCCCACCGCCCUCCCUCUCCGCGGCCAGCCUUCCCUCCUCGCGGCCGCCCUCCCUUACCUUCUCGUGGGCGUCCUGCUUCACCACCCUGCUGGCGCCUUCCCCUUCCCUCGUGCUGCGCCUUCUUCUGCCGCUUUUGCACCACCUCCUUCUCCCCUCACCCCAUCCGCCUCUUCACCCUCCUCCUCCUCUCUCCAUUCCUUCCUCCCCUUCGUGCCUCUCCUCCCUUCCUCCACCUCCUUCCCCUCCGCCUCUGCCACCUGGUUGCGUGUUACUGGUUGCCACUUGGUGAUCGUGACCCUACUUCCUCCUCACACUCCGGUCCUUCACCCUCCUCCUCCUCUUCUCUCUCCCUCUAUUUCCCCCACCUUCUCACCUCUUCCUCCGCCUCUCUUCUCUCCCUAUCUGCUGCAGCUGCUCAGGAUAGCAUCCUUGGUGCUUCUCCUCUAA